AUGGCUUCUACGCAGAGUGUGCAAUGCUUCGGCAAGAAGAAGACUGCUACCGCAGUCGCCCACACCAAGGCAGGAAAGGGCCUCAUCAAGGUCAACGGCCAGCCUCUCCAGCUCGUCAAGCCUGAGCAGCUCCGCUUCAAGGUCUACGAGCCCCUCCUAAUCGUCGGCCUCGACAAGUUCGCCGGUGUCGACAUCCGUGUCCGUGUCAGCGGUGGUGGUCACGUUUCUCAGGUCUACGCCAUCCGCCAGGCCAUCGCCAAGUCGAUUGUCGCCUACUACCAGAAGUUCGUUGACGAGCACUCCAAGAACCAGCUCAAGCAGGCUUUCAUCCAGUACGACCGCGCCCUUCUCGUUGCCGAUUCCCGACGGGCCGAGCCCAAGAAGUUCGGUGGUCCAGGUGCUCGCGCCCGCUACCAGAAAUCCUACCGUUAG